GCGGCCGGGGGAGCCCUCCAGUCCCCACCGCCGGAGAGGCCGGUGACCUCUUGGCUGCCCCGCCUUAGAGGCUCAGAUGGCUCAGGCGAAGAUCAAUGCGAAAGCCAACGAGGGGCGCUUCUGCCGCUCGUCCUCCAUGGCCGACCGCUCCAGCCGCCUGCUGGAGAGCCUGGACCAGCUGGAGCUCAGGGUGGAAGCUUUGAGAGAAGCAGCAACUGCUGUCGAGCAAGAGAAAGAAAUCCUCCUGGAAAUGAUUCACAGUAUCCAAAAUAGCCAAGACAUGAGGCAGAUCAGCGACGGAGAAAGAGAAGAAUUAAAUAUAACUGCAAACCGUUUGAUGGGACGAACCCUCACUGUUGAAGUUUCAGUAGAAACUAUUAGAAACCCUCAGCAGCAAGAGUCCCUAGAGCAUGCCACCAGGAUUAUUGAUGAGGUGGUCAGUAAGUUUCUGGAUGAUGUGGGAAAUGCCAGGAGUCACCUAAUGUCGCUCUACAGUGCAUGCUCGUCUGAGGUGCCACCUGGGCCAGUUGAUCAGAAGUUUCAAUCCAUAGUAAUUGGCUGUGCAUUGGAAGAUCAGAAGAAAAUUAAGAGAAGAUUAGAGACUCUGCUUAGAAAUAUUGAAAAUUCUGACAAGGCCAUCAAGCUGUUAGAGCAUUCUAAAGGAGCUGGUUGCAAAACUCUGCAACAAAAUGCUGAAAGCAGAUUUAAUUAGUUUUCAAACCUGAGAGCACUUAGAAAUAAUGGCAUAAAAAUGAUAAAAUACUAUUUUAGGUGAUAACUAGUUCUUUAUGUUAGGCGUAACCACUCAUUUGAUACUGAAAGUUGUUUCAGAUGAUGAAAAUAUUCCAGUGUCAUCAGUUUUGUGUAUAACAAAAGUAGAAAUAUUUUAUCUUUCUAGAGAUUUUUAGAUUGAAUUCUUGUCUUGUACUAGGAUCUAGCACCUAAUCUACAUGUUUUUUACUAUUCUGUGGAUGAAUACUUUGUAUGUAGGGGCAAGUGCGUGCUCAGCUAGGGGGUAAAAAAAGUAUCACUGUUCUUUCCUGGGCUUUGUCUGGUGUGGAGACACGUGGGCAUGUGGGGCAUGUGGUUGACCAGAAAUUCUUUACCUUAAGCAGCAGCACACACUUCACAUCUAGUGCUGGCUAAGCAGUGUGCUUAGAGGAAUAAAAGGAAUCAUACGAUAAGAACCUUUCUCAACAUCUUCUCAUUCAGCAGUUUAAGACAUCUGUAUCAAAUUACCUGAACUUAAAAGAUUUAUGCAUCUCAUACUAUAUUUCUUCAUAUACAUGAAAACAUGACAAAAUUCACGUCUGAUUUUACCACUGUCAACUACAUAUCUUUUUCCAGAUGCAUCAUUUCUCUAAAAUUUUAAUCAUUAUGUAAAUAUGUUGUAACUUGCCUUUUUAAAAAAAAAAAAAAAAUUAAAUGCUGCUAUAAAGUGUGCUUAAUUGUCAACUUAAAAAUCUCUUACUUACCCAUUCCCCCUACUGGACACUUAGGUUUCCAAUUUGUUGCUAUUACUGCAUAUGUACCAUUUAUGUACAUAGAGCUUUUUCUUUCUUUUUUGAUUUUCUUUGUAUAAAUUCUCAGCAGUGAAAUUUACUGGGUCAAGGGUAUAUACAUUUUCAUGUCCUGACAUAUUUACGUUUUUUUUUGUAUGAGUUGUCUUCAAUAAUUAAAAUGUAGCUAUUUCACUGAAA